AUGAUCUAUGGUAUUGUCUUAUUCCCCUCAAGAGAGAACUUUGUGAGUUUGGCGGCGAUUUGUGUCUUUAUGAACAAAAACCCCGUGCCAACGUUGCUUGCAGAUGCUUAUUUUUCGAUCCAUUCGAGAAGUAAGAAGGGAGGAUAUGUUGUUGAUUCUUGUCUUCCAUUGUUGUAUCAGUGGUUCAUGUUGCAUUUGCCGGUGAGAGGACCUUUUGUGCUCAAGAAGAGUUCUCUUAAGUGGUCAGAUAGGAUUGUUAACCUCACAUCUUAUGACAUCAGGUGGAACUAUUGUGUGGGGAAGAUUUGGAACAUCAUCACUAGUUGCGGUCAAUAUCCCAACGUUCCUCUCAUGGGAACCAGAGGUUGUAUUAGUUAUAAUCCCACGCUCGCCUAUCGUCAAUUGGGAUAUGCAAUGGAAAGGGCUCAGAAUGAUGUAGAAGCGUUUGAAUUAGUGUACUUUGCUGAUGGUAAAGAUCCUCUGGAGCUAGAGAAGAUAUCGUAUGCUUGGACUAAAGUCCAUAGAAGGGAUCAGACUACUUUGAGCAAGAAGGUUCCUAUUGUUAUGGGUCCUUACAGGAAAUGGGUUGAGGCAAGAGUGGCAAAUCUGUUGCUGCCAUUUGCGAAGUCAUGUCCAUUGUAUGAGCAACCUCCCGUGGUUUUAUCUGAUACAGUUGCGGCUGAACUCUAUAUUCAAGCCGAAGCGGACAACAUCAAACUAAAAGCAAAGGACAAUGAGGUUGGCUUGGAGAGGUAUUUUCAAGAUCACGAAAAGGCGGAAUUAGCUCGUAAGGUCAAGCAUGCGCAAGGUGAAGGUUCAAACAUGACACGUGCCCAAAGGCGAUCUCAUGACUUGAUGGAAGAAAGCUUGUACCGAAAACAGCAGGAAUGUGCGAAGUUGCGAAGGUCCAAAAACAAUAGCAAGAGAAAGGUGCCAGAUUCGGAAAAGCAAUUGAUCGAAGAGAAGGCCAAGUCGGCUCGACUUGAAGAAGAGCUCGCAAGCCUCCGAGCCCAACAAAGAGGAGAUGGGGAGGCUCAUUCUUUUAUCAGACGGUCCUAG